AUGAGUUAUGGAACAUUUGAUCAAGUAAAAAAACCAACAGUUGUCAUUUUGAAUGAACCAGAGGAUGACGAUUCGAUAAACAUAAUCGCCGAGCAAAUUCCUCAUACUAAAACGCCAAAUUCACCACCACGUUCUGAAAGUCGUCAAAAUAUAUUUCGAAGAAUUUUUAAUGACGUGACUUGGAUUAUUU